AUAAUCUUUUCAACAUGUCAUCAAAAGAGUUAUCGACUAAACGACUAAAUACAAAUAAUAAGAAAAACAAUAACAUUCACAAAGAGAGGACAAAGAAAAAAAUAGUUGAUCAGGUACAAAGUGACGGAAGAUUAAAAAUUUACAUAAAUCGUGAAAACGAGCUUCAAGCUCAGUGGCCAGAAAGAUGGGGAUUUUAUUCGAAGAAAAAUAUAGAAAAAAUGUGGAGUGAGGAAUCUAUCAAGUUGGGUUUGCCGAAAGAUUUUAUUGAUUACCGCAGAGAAAAACAGCGCAAACAGAAUACAAUUCAACCAUUGAUAAGUGUAGUUCCAUCACCCAUUACCAUACCUCAGACAUCAUCUGGUUUUAUUGGUUGGAGAUCAUCACAUUAUGAUUGUAACUUAGAGAUAUUUGGACGAAUGUUUACAAAUAGUAAACCUGAUCCUCGAAUGUUCAUUCCAGACAAUGAACCAGACCCAAGAUAUUAUCAUUUUAUUAUUUUAGGAUGA